AUUGAAAGUGGCCAUUUUUCAGACUCAAAACAGAGUUUAUGUUUGAAACGACCGAUUGCUGAUUGGGGUGUAAACCUGAAAAGACUUUGGUAAGAUGGAUACGGUACGUGUAAGAAUCAUCCUACUCAUGCUUGGUUGGCUUUUCCAAAGCGGUCUUUCCGAUAAUCACGUUGCAGGCCAGAUGAGUAGACACUUGGAUCAUAUCAAUAAGACGUGCUGUAGGGUUUAUACAUGUGGCCAACCAUCAAUGAACACGUGUAAAGGACACAGCAGACAGACGGUUCUCGGGUUCGUUCAGCACUGUGAGAUUUGUUGUGACUGUAGGCACAUGAUGGGGCAUAGGAAUUACCGAUGCGAUUUAUGCAUAGAUUACGAUCAACAAUUCUCUGAUGAUUGUACCAAAACCCUUACUGCUUCGUACGACGCAGCACAGUUCGUCGAUCCUGGCAACUGCAGUUAUUUGUCCAUUUUCCAGUCGACAGAGAGCGCUUCCGAUAUGGCAGAAAGCGCGUCGACUAUGUCGAGAAGCACUUCAGUUAUGACAGAUAGGUCUGAGGCUAUGUCAAGUAGCACUUCGGUUUUUACAGGAAUCCCUUCAAUAGAGACAGAAUCAUCGAUGUCAGAGGGUUUCAAGACAACUUUGUCCUUUACACAAAUGACGUCCUACUUAACGAGUUCCGAAAGGGUGGAAUCUUCGACACUCAUUGCCCACCAUCAACUGCGUACCCUCUAUAUAGCCAUACCACUAGUGUGCAUAACCGUUAUUAUACUCGUCAUGUCUAUAUCUUUUUUCAAACGAAGAAGAAAAAGACGACCUUCCCCUGAUAAUGGAGUCAAAUGUCGGCAACUACCACACCACGACCUAACACCAUCGAAUGUCGCAAACAUGGCAAACUGCGUCGACCUCGAGACCAACAACGAAUCGGCUUACCACUUUCUUCAUGGCGGUAAGGAGCUUGGAGACUACCACACCUACGAACUUGCUGAGCUUCCCCCACAAGGUGGCAAUAGUAGCCACCACCAGGAUACACCCCAGAGGCCGAACAAUACCAAGCCAUUUCAAUUCUUCAGAGAGGAACCUGAUUCCAGAAUUAAGAACAAUGACCAAUGUCUUUCUGGAGGAAGCCACAGCCAACGGCACUGUGAUGGUACUCCUGCCGCGCAAACCGGCAUGGGGGGCGAGACAGCAAAUCCGUCACUAUCUCCUGAUGAAGAAUACGACAGACUGAAGCGCCCUCUGGCUCUUGACCUACAGACGGUCGGAGGGAAUGAUUAUGGUAAACUGGAUGAUCCAAAAAGUUCUGUUCGGAAAUACGAUGGCCCUGAUUCUCCGGAUUAUUUUGUGUUGGAAAAACAAGAUGAAAAUCAAUCCGACUCUCCGGAUUAUUUUGUCUUGGAAAAACAAGAAAAUGAAAUUGAAGUUGACAUAGAUAAGGAUAAUCAUGUAUAUUUUGUUCUUAAGUAAAACGACAUUGCCCUAGGCAGAAACGGUGGGCUUCCUUUUCGAUUAUCAAAAAAUCCAGGACGGCAUUGUUUUCCUAGAUUCUUAGAAAAAAGGGGCAAAUUUGAACCAUUUUGUCCUGUAUUUGGAACCAUCGAGUGUUUAAGGUGAUUUAGAUUCUUCUAGGGGACAUUAAAAGGUUCCAAAUACGGGACAAGCAUAGAUCCCUAUAAGAUUUUUUUUCUAGGAGUGUAUAUAUAUUGUACGAUACUACAAUAACUUUUAUAAGUUAUUAUAAACAAUUAUUAGAAUAUCUAUAAACGGUUAGACAGUUCCUUGUAUAUACACCUUUCUGUGUAUUACCAGCUUAUUGAUAGCCAGUUACAGAUGAUUUUUUUUCUUUAUUCGAUAAUUAAUGCUAUACUACCAUGACUUCGACAUUUGCACUCUAAAGGUAAUUCAUGGAGAAAUUUGUCUGUGUAUAGUUAAAGGGCAAGGCCAGCCAAACAAAAAUAGUUGGUUUGAAAUGCAAAUGAGAACACUGUUGACAUCAUCCGGCACUCAGUAUAUUUAUUUUGUAUUCGUUAUAUUAAAUACGAAAUGUUCUAAUUUUCUCAUUGUCAUGUGAAACUAAAUUUCAUUCCUCCCAGAACAUGCGGAAUUACCACUACUUUAGCAUUUUUUUUCGGUUCAAUUAAGAGGGACCUCAUUGUCAAAUCUGCCAAAUUGAAAUAUUUGUAUAAUUAAAACUAUAAAAAGAGCAAGGAAGAAGUCACCUUCGUAUUUUACAUCUGAUUUUGAUUAAAUUUUCAGUAUAACGCUUUUUUUCUCUAUAGAUUCAAAUCAAAUUGUUUCUGGGGUGGGCGUGACCUUAAAACAAACGGUCGACUCAAUUUCUUAUUGAACAGUGAUAGAAUAUCAUCUAUUUCGUAGAAUUGGUAGACGAGCAUAUUUUGUUAGUAAUAUUUGUAGUUCAUACUACUGUCUACUAUAUUGGUAAAAUUAUUCGCAACAACAAGUUGAUUAACAAGAAGAGAAAACAUAAAAAGCACGAAAAUAAUUACCGAAACUAGAUGCAUAACACGGAAGUUCUGGCACUUUUUUACUUUCGCUUAUCAGUAUCCACAUAGUGUUACAGUUACACUGGCAAAUCGAAUCCAAACCGAGCGAUGAUAGACCAUUCGAAUUAACGUAAUAAUUUCGAUCGGUUAAAGUGUUUCGCCGGUCCGACUGCGGCAUUGACGAGGAAGUCGCACAAAAAUAUUGCACGUUUAUGAUCCUUUACAAUAUUUUUUGUUGAUUAUGAUAAUAUAAAUAUAUAUAUUUUGUUUUGCAUAUUAGUUUUCAUUGAAAUAAAUGAUCAGGAAUCACAAUAUUGAC